UUUUUCAAAGGUAUAUCUUUUUUAAAAAUUGAAUUUAUCUUUACGGAAACUAAUCAUAAUUAAAAUGUAUAUAUUCUCGAGUAAUUAAUGGCUAUAUAUGUAAUGAUGAAUUAUAAUUCUUUCUUCUUCUUUUUUUCUUCAUCAGCUUAAUUAAUUAUUAAGUGGGUGAUUAAAAGCAGAGAUUUAUCAUGGGUGCAUCGCUAUGUUGCUUUGGUUCAUCAAAUACUAACAAUGAAAAAAGUUUUGUCCCUAAAGUUUCCAAUAGACGUACUACUAAUGUUAAUACUAAUGGCCAACAAGCUUCUAGAGAAGAGAUUAAGCCCAAAACUCAAGUAAUUGUAAAAACCCGAAUUUCGAAUGUACAAGAAGAAGAAGAAAAAGAAGAAUGUCCUACUUGUCUUGACGAGUACACAGUUGAUAAUCCAAAAAUUAUGACAAAAUGUCGUCAUCAUUUUCAUCUCUCAUGUAUAUAUGAAUGGCAGGAAAGAAGCAAUCUUUGCCCCGUUUGUCAAAGGGUAAUGCAAUAUGAUGAUUUAGAGGGCAACCAAAGAUAGAAGAAACGAAUUAAUGUGAGAGAAUAAGUCUAAAUUUUCAUCACCAUUCACCAUUGAUCACUUAUUUUAUUUUUGUUGAAACUAUUAAUAUGGACAAUCACAAACUUAAUUACACUUAGAGAUGAGUGAUUUUGGAAUAUUCUUUUAGUUUUUGCUUCAAAAAUAUUGAUUGGAAACCAAAGCAAUCUAUUUACUUUCUCAUUUUUUUAUAAACAUUUUAUCAUUAUUAUUUUUUUAAAAAAUAGUAUCUACCUAAUUAUCC